CGGAACUUGAGCGCAACAUGGCUGCCUCCGUGAGGACACUUGCCCUCAGAGCUCUCUGUGAAUCCAGACGAAAUAUUAAUCGUGUUUCAGGGAGUCGAAUUAAACAUUCGUGUUGUGGUGCUUGGUUUACACUAUGUCGCGGGUACAGUGAUGGAUCAGAAGGGAAAAGUACACACUUUGGUUUCGAAACAGUGCCAGAGGAGGAGAAAGCAGACAGAGUGUAUAAAGUGUUUGAAAGUGUGGCCAAGAAGUAUGACGUGAUGAAUGAUGCCAUGAGUUUGGGAAUACACCGCCUUUGGAAAGACUCGCUGUUGCACGCGAUGAACCCUCAGCCUGGACUACGGCUACUAGACACUGCUGGUGGCACUGGUGACAUCUCUUUCCGCUUCCUGGAAUACACGCGUUCAAUGUAUGAACACCAACAGCGGCAAAAAGUUCGAUCCAGUCAGACGCCGUCAUGGAGGGACAUCGCUGAACAUUAUGCAUCAAACAAGUCAGGCCUUCCACAAUCCCGGGCGGUGGUGUGUGAUAUCAACAAAGAAAUGCUUAAAGUUGGUAAACAGAGGGCAGAGAAAGCAGGAAUCGGCACAGAUCUUUCGUGGGUCGUGGGUGAUGCAGAAGAGCUCCCAUUUGAUGACAAUCAGUUUGAUUUAUACACUAUUGCAUUUGGUAUCAGAAAUGUCACGCACAUAGAGCAGGCCCUGCAAGAAGCGCAACGUGUCCUUAAACCGGGCGGACGAUUCUUGUGUCUUGAAUUCAGCAAAGUGUCCAACCCUGUGCUUGCAAGGCUUUACGAUGCAUAUAGUUUUCAGAUGAUCCCUGUGUUGGGGGAAGUGAUCGCAGGAGACUGGAAGUCAUAUCAGUAUCUGGUGGAAAGCAUCAGAAAAUUUCCAGACCAGGAAACAUUUAAGGAAAUGAUCGAGGAUGCUGGCUUCUUCUGUGUCCAGUACUUCAACUUGACAGGAGGAAUUGUUGCUAUUCAUUCAGGCUUCAAGCUCUGAGUGUCUGCCUCAUUUCGAAAUUCUUUAAAUGAACUCUGACAAGAGACAAAUGCUGUUCUUCAAGCAACAAGAGUGUUUAAAACAGGGCAUCUGACAAAACCGUGCGGGUCAGUGUGUCACUUGGCUGAUGUAUGUAUGUCCUGUUUCCUAUAUGGAUACACUUUUCACUAUGUGAAGUGAAAAAUCAGUCAAAAUGUUUGAAAUUUGGGUUUGAUUCAGUACAUGCAAUGCAGAAAACAGCCUACUCUUUUAAUGUCUUAUUUAAAGACACUGGGCAGUGUGGUUUGGUUCUUGGCAUUGGAGAAGCGCACAUUGACAUUAAUAAAUUAAAAUGAUUUUUGUUGGCCACUACAUAAUGCUGUUGAUGAAUAGUGAAUUCAUAAUGACCCAUCAAUUCCCAGUUGAUCCCAAAGAUGAUUUAGAAUUGAGAAGCUUAGAUGCAAAAGCCGCUAAACGCAAUCUCCGUCAAAAAUGAGAUCAUGUAUUAAAGGGCACCUAUUGUCCGAUUCAGGAUUUUACAUUUCCUCCACGCAUACGCAUUUUUGAUAAAUGAUCGUACGAUCAAAUCAUAGACUGUAAAAAAAGAUGGACGACGCCUGUUCGCUCCCUUCCAUUGGUGAAAAGUGAAGCCGCCAGUGUCCCGAUAUGGCGCAGACAUCUUGGGUCUUGAGUCUGCGCAGUAAUGAUUUUGGGACCAGUCAUGCGCAGUAGUGAGCAGGAAGUAAAGCUGCGAAAUCAAAACCCGCUCUCGCAGAAUGCGCAUAUCACACGAUAUCACAGCUGUCAAUCAUGACGUGACACCACCAUUUUUAUAUCAUUAAAUAACUAACUAAACACAAACUUAUUUUAAAAACAAACAUUUGAAUUUACAUCAGUGUGAUUAAAAACUACAAUAAAUGACAGAAACCAGGUUCGGAAAAAAGAUAAUUGAAGUGUAAUUAAUUUUUUAGUUGGUCUCAAGUCCCAUUGAAUAACAUGGGGAGGCGGGGUUUAUGACCUAUACUGGGACCAGUCACUGGGGGGCGAUCGAGACGUUUUGGCUUCACUUUUCAGGGCUUGUGCGGCACGCUUGGAUCAAAUGUAGUAUGGUGUCUAUGCAGCAUUCAAUGGAGUUACAAAAAUGUAUUUGGAAAAUAAUGUUUUUUUUUUAAAUAAACCAUGCGAACACACAUUGUAUUCUACCAAAUACACAAAAUAACAUUGUUUUAGCAAUAAAAUGGGUGCCCUUUCAACAAAUGCUCUUGGCGCGUAUUAUACGUUCAUCAAAUACUUUGCUUAAAAAUCUGUUUAAUCCUGGCCUUGGGUUUUGCAUCUGAACUCUUUUAUCCCUUAUGCUUCGCUAUUGAUAUAAACAAGUAUGUUUGAGCAAUUUUUUCAAAUGUUUUACUGUUCUGUACUGUCUUUCUGAAGGGAAAAUACUAGUAUAGUCAGUAUUACACAACAGUAUUUACUACAAUUGAUCAAUUUACUAUAGUUAAUACUACAGAUUAUACAAUAUAUGUUUGCAAAAUGAAGUCAUUACUAUAAGACUACAGUAUUGUAUAAUUUACUACACAAUUUUUUUUUCAUGUGGGCUAACCAAACUGAUCAGAAGCCCCAUUGACAUCCAUAGUAGGAAAAAAGAAUACUAUUGAAGUCAAUGUGGCUUAUAAUCGGUUUAGUUACCAACAUUCCUCAAAAUCUUCCUUUGUGUUCAUCAGAACAAAGACAUUUACAAAGGUUUGUAACAUCAUGAGUUUUCAUUUUUGGAUGAACUAUCCCUUUUAAUAUCUGUGUGAUUGUAUGAUACUGGCAGGUUCCACAAACAAACCUUAAGUGUUUAUUUGUAGCAGAGAUGCCUGUUGAUUACGUAAAAAAAUAUAUAUAGAACAAAUAUUUUUCGAAUGAUGAAGCCAGAAAGCGUUACUUUGUGCCCCGCUCUCCCCCACUUAAAGUGUAUUUUAGUGCACUUUUUUUACCUGGGUUUAGCCCCUCUGAUUUAUUAUAUUUGUAUUAAAGAGCUUACCAGCUCCUCAGCUCGUUACACUGGCAACUAUAAAUAGAUAAAAAAAAAAAUCACACAAUAUUGUUUAUGAAUCCCUCGAUGGCCUAGGACCCAAACACUGCAGAUUUCCUUAUGGAAGAUUGCUCGGAUCAUUAAGAUCAAGUCAGUAAGAAAUACCAAGGGUUCACUAAAAACAAGGCAAGUCGGCGUUUAGCUUUAAACCACCCGUAACUGGAACAAUUUACCAGAAGUCAGAUGGGCAACGUUCAGUUUUCAGACUAUUAAACGCAUCUGCUUAGCUGUGCAUUUAUUGACCACACUGUAUCAUUUUAUUUCAGCUUUAAUACAUUUUACAAUA